AUGGAUGCUUGUCAUGCUGAUGAUAUAAAUGAAAUUGGUCGCAAAACUCAGGCCCGAAUCGAACAUGAACAUCGCAUCGAUAACGUGUACAUGCUCUCUUACACGAUUCUAAUGGCUCUAACCGUUCUUACCAUUUGGCUUUUCAAACACAGACGAUUCCGAUAUAUUCACGAGACAGGUCUCGCCGUCAUUUAUGGUCUAAUCGUUGGUGCCAUAUUUCGAUAUGGUGUGCCUGAGCGUUUUAUGACGAAACAAGUUUACGAUUUGCCACCUGCUUCCGGCAAUUCAUGCUCCUUGACAUUACCCCCAGAACGUGCAAUAAUUAAACUUACUGUUAUGAAACCUGAAAAAGUUUCCCGUUACUAUCAUUACUCUCUAGAAGGAGAGUCGAAGGACACUGUUGCAGCCCACUAUAGAAUGACGUUUAAUCCUGAAAUAUUUUUUAACGUUCUGCUACCACCCAUAAUAUUUGCCGCCGGUUAUAGCAUGAAACGGAAACAUUUUUUUAGCAACUUUGGGGCCAUUACCACCUUUGCAUUUCUUGGAACAUUCAUUGCCUCAAUUGUUACAGCUUGUUUGUGCUUUGGAUUGUCGCGGUUUAUUCCACGUCUAAAUGGAUUGCUUCGAUUCAAUGACUGUCUGUUCUUUGGAUCCGUAAUUUCAGCAACUGAUCCAGUCACCGUUUUGGCUAUUUUCCACGAUUUGAACGUCGAUGUCGAUAUGUAUGCCCUUGUAUUUGGUGAAAGUGUCUUAAAUGAUGCCGUCGCUAUUUCCUUAUCCCAAGCAGUAGACAAAUUCGAUCCCUCCGUUCAUGGUGGACUCACGGGACGUGCUUUGGUCUCAGCUAUAUCCAGUUUCCUUGGUAACUUUGGAAGCUCCUUUUUCCUUGGAUCCUCAAUAGGAUGUUUCACAGCAUUGCUAACAAAGUACACACAUGUCCGGGAUUAUCCCCUGCUUGAGACCGUCCUUUUCGUGCUCCUAUCUUACUCCACGUUUUUCCUCUCCGAAGCCAUUGGCCUCACUGGUAUUGUUGCCCUUCUCUUCUGUGGUGUUACUCAAGCCCACUACACAUUCAACAAUUUGUCACGCGAAUCACAAGUGUGGACCAAACAGUCUUUUGAGUUGCUGAGCUUCCUCGCAGAGAACUUCGUCUUCGCCUACAUCGGUGUAUCGACAUUCAGUGCGCGUUCACACAAUUGGGAUGUCUGGUUUAUCCUUAUCACCAUGUUCGCUUGUGUUGGAGCCCGUAUAGGCGCUAUGGCCUUCUCUCUAGCUAUUAGAAAUACCAGUACCGAAGUAAGGCAAAUGUUCUUCUCUACCACCAUCAUCAUUGUCAUCAUCACAGUGCUACUGGGUGGUUGUUUUGCCGUGCCAAUGCUUCAGUGGCUUAAGAUUCCGUGA